AGCCCUGUGAUGAUCAAGGACUGUGGCGUGGAGUGGGUGAUUCUGGGCCACUCGGAGAGGCGCCACGUGUUCGGGGAGAGCAACGAGCUGAUUGGUCAGAAGGUGGCCCACGCCCUGGAGAGUGACCUGGGGGUGAUCGCCUGCAUCGGAGAGAAGCUGGAGGAGAGGGAGGCUGGAACCACAGAGGACGUGGUGUACGCCCAGACCCAGGCCAUCGCAGACAACGUGAAGGACUGGAGCAAAGUGGUGCUGGCUUACGAGCCGGUGUGGGCCAUCGGUACUGGCAAGACAGCCUCACCCGAACAGGUACGACUCAUCGCCAUUUCAUAACAAUAUUUACUUAGU